ACCUCCUUUCUGAAUCCAAUCUAAUUUUAACAUAAACAAUUUCUAUAAACUCUUACAACCAUUUUGUACUACUAUAAAUAACACAUUACCUUACAACACUCAAGACAAAAACAAACAUCAAGGUAACAAAAUAAACAAUAUGAUGAAGGGUCACAAAACAAGUUCCGAUAAGCCACGGUACGUCGCGAUCGGGCUUUUCCUCGGGUUCAUCUCGGGCGCGCUCUUAAUGUCGGCAUUUUCGAGUAAGUGGUCGUCGAAUCAAUACUCAAUUACCUCAAUGCCGGUCCAGGGGAAGGCGAUCCUCCACUACGCCACCUCAAAGAUAAUCCCACAACAAACCCUAGAGGAGGUAACCGAGUCGUUUAACGUACUCCAAUCGUUAAGCCCGUGCAACUUCCUCAUUUACGGGUUGGGUUACGACUCCCUCAUGUGGGCCGGGCUCAACCCGAAUGGGACCACCCUCUUUUUAGAGGAGUCCCCUGAGUGGGUCGCCAUUGUACUAAAAGACGCGCCGUUUUUAAACGCUAAAACAGUGCCGUAUAGGACACAACUCAAAGAUGCGGAUCGUUUACUACAAACGUACAAGACUAACCCGGAUUGUCAGCCCGGUCGGGCUUUUUUAAAAGGGAACCAAAACUGCCCUUUAGCCUUGGAGAAUUUACCAGAUGAUGUGUAUUUGAAAGAGUGGGAUGUCAUCAUGAUCGACGCGCCACGCGGGUACUCACCGGAACACCCCGGGAGGAUGGCGGCGGUGUUUUCCGCAGCGGUGAUGGCCCGAGACCGGAAGCGGCCCGGAAAUACGCACGUGUUCUUGCAUGAUUGUGAUAGACCAGUGGAGCAAAAUUAUGCAAAUGAGUUUUUGUGCACUAAGUAUAGAGUUGGGAAUGUUGGGAGAUUAUGGCAUUUUGAGAUUCCACCUAAUAAUGGUGCUAGCUCAAGUUUUUGUUAAGCAUAGAUCGAUCGAGUUUCUUUUAUUAUUAUUGGUACGUACGUAGUAUGUGUCAAUUAUAGAGGUAAGUUCACGUAUAUUUACUGUCUAAAAUAAUUACAUGUAUUGAAAAUUACACUUUUUU